AUGGCAGGAAUGCUCAACAUAACAGACUCGCGAACGAAUGCGCAGCAUCAAAUCUCCAUCCGACACAAUGCCAUUCUCGCAUCUGAUCUGAAGAAAACGACCGGUCUUCGCGUCCACGAUCCCGGAUUACAAAAUACCACCGUUGUCGAAACGGGCAUCACCGUUUCACAUCAUGAUACCGGCCUGCUACUGUUCCGCGGAUACAAGUUGCAGGAUCUCUGGGACAUCAACAGCGACUUCGAGGAUAUACUUCAUCUGUUGGUCUGGGGAGUGUAUCCAUCAUCUGAGCAGAGGAAAACACUGAGUCGACAGCUGGCCACGGCCAUGUUGGAGGUGCCAGACGUUGUCUUCCAGACGAUUCGCGCUUUGCCAAAAACGACGUCGCCAUUACCGCUUUUGAUGGCCGGACUUAGUGCCUCACUAUCCUGUCGACCAGAGAUGAUUCCAGCAUCCACAAAUCCUCAUCUUUACCGCGAUCCCAAGAUAGCAGACCAUGCCAUUAUCUAUACCAUUGCCACCUACGCCGUCGCAUUUGGAAUCAUUCGAUGCCACCGGCAGGGCAUCACAUUUACAUCUCCUUCCGUCGAUAAUAGCUACCUUGAGAAUCUCUUCAUUAUGGCAGGUCUCGUGGAUCCGUCUACUGGUCGCCCUGAUCCCGUCAGGUUAUCCUGCUAUCGGCACUUUGGUAUCUUCAAUUCCGAUCAUGGAAUGGCUCUUUCGGUGUUCUCUGCGCUGGUUACGGCGUCUUCGCAGACGGACCCGAUUUCUUGUCUGAUCACCGCUACUGGCGCAGCAUACGGUCCUCUCCAUUUUGGGGCAACCGAGUCUGCCAAGCGCGCUCUACUCCAUAUUGGAACCAUAGACAACGUGCCUUCAUUCAUCGAGGGGGUCAAGCAGGGUAAGCAGAAGCUGUUCGGGUACGGCCACCGCUCAUACAAGGGAAUGGAUCCACGUGUGCAGCCUAUGCGGAAACUUGUUUGCGACCUCAAACUCGAUUCCGCAUCAAAUCCGCUGCUGAAAAUCGCCGAGAGAAUUGAGCAGGUUGCAUCUGAGGAUGAGUGGUUUGCGCGUCGUGGAUUGUAUCCCAAUGCGGAUUUUUACGGGCAUUUCGUGCUUUCCGGGUGUGGCUUCGAGACAGAUAUCAUCCCGGCAGCCAUGUUGGCUCAGCGUGUCGUGGGUAUCAUGGCCCAUUGGCGGGAAUAUAUGCUGACAGGGGGGAAAUUGUUCCGGCCUUCGCAUAUCUAUACAGGAGAGGAGGAGGGAAAACUAAAGCUUCACCUUGGACAACAAGUCAAGAUGUCUGAGGAAAAUGAGAAUACUCCUCUCCUCCUUCCAUAUUCCGUUUUUACUCCGUCUCAGAAACGUCUCCUCAUCCUCACUGCGGCUCUAGCAUCGAGCUUCUCUCCUUUCUCGGCUAAUAUCUACUAUCCAUCGCUCAACUCUAUCGCCCGAGAUCUCCAUGUCUCCAGCUCACAGAUAAACCUCACCAUCACCACCUAUAUGAUCUGCCAAGGCCUCGCCCCAGCAUUUAUGGGUUCUCUGGCCGACCAGGCCGGUCGUCGCCCAGCCUACCUCCUCUGCUUCAUCAUUUACAUCGCCGGUAACAUUGCUCUUGCCCUACAACAUAGCUACCCAGCCCUCUUGAUCCUCCGUGCCGUGCAGAGCUGCGGGAGCAGUGGCACUGUAGCGCUAGCAUCUGCCGUUGCAGCAGACGUAAUUACCUCUGCUGAAAGGGGCAUGUACAUGGGAAUUGCAUCAUUGGGGAAUAUUCUCGCCCCGUCACUAGGGCCGAUACUUGGCGGUCCUCGCCGUCCAAAGAUCACAUUUCCGAAUCCGCUUGGUACACUGCGUCUUCUAUUUCACCGACCUACCGGUUUUGUGCUUUUGGCAAAUGGCAUCAUCUAUGCCAGCUACUAUUCCGUCACCGCUGGACUACCGGCACAGUUCCAUGAGCUGUAUAAUCUACAAGACCUUGGUAUCGGUCUAAGCUUUAUUCCAGCCGGAUUGGGCUCACUAUUCAGCGCUACGGUGAAUGGCAUGCUAGUGGAUUGGAACUAUCACCGCGUGAAAAUGAAGAUGGGAUUACCAGUAACCAGGGACCAGAAGCAAGACCAUGGUGAUUUCCCAAUCGAGCAAACCAGAUUACAGAUAGGCCUGCCUAUGAUGGUAUUCCUCUCCUUCUUUGCUACUGUCAGUCUGACCCUGGUCUUCCUCAUAUCGCUUUUCAUAACAGCCGCGUACAAUGUUCUCAACGUCCUCAUCGUCGACCUGUACUAUACCACGCCCGCGACAGCCAUGGCGGCGAAUAACCUGGUGCGAUGUUUUUUGGGCGCUGCAGCAACGGCAGUAGUGCACCCACUGAGCAGCCAGUGGGGAAUUGGAUGGACAUAUUCGGCUAACAUAAUGAUGCUGUCUACCCUUCUUCUUCCUCUGGUUUCUGCCCUGCAUGGCCAUCUGUACAUGCGAUAUCCGGAUAGCCGGUGGAUAACCCCCGGCGACACACUUCCAAUUGCUGAAACCAAACCAAUUCCAAUCCUCCAAACUACUCUUCCCUGCACAAGCCCGUAUCUCCUCCUAACCAUCGACCCAGACGUCCAGUACGGAACUACCUCAACCAUCGUGCUGCACUGGCUCCAGUCUCUACGUGCAGACUGCCAAACAGGCUUCCUAUACGAAAAUCCUAAAUCAGAGGAAACGGCAGUUUAUAUACCCCCUCAACCACCGAAGCGAUCGCACCAUCGCUAUAUAUUUCUCCUCUUCCAGCAGCCGGAAGACUACAAUCUCCCAGAAUGUUACCAGCAUAUUCUCCCCGCUACAAAAGAAGCACGCGUGGGGUUCAACCCAAAAGAGUUCGUCGAGGUACUGGGAUUAGGAGGCCCGCUUGCUGGAAACUGGUUUUAUGUUGAGAACGGGGGCGACGCUCGUAACGAGUUGUAG